AUGCUGCUCCGGAAGCUAAACUGCUUCCGGUUUCCGUCUCGCUUCGCGUUUCUCGCUCUCUGGGUCCCGGUUGGAGGCAGGGCCUUUUCUCCAGCCGCUGUGCGCCUCUCUUCAAAAGCUGCCGAAGCAACCUUUGUGUCUUUCCUCGUGAAGGAAGAGAGUUUACGUUUUGGAAAACUGCCCCAGCACCCUCUUCUCACGGACCUGGCUAUUGCGGCGCGUUCCGCAGGGUAUGAAUCAUGUAAACCCCAUCUCCACUCUCCUUUGGAAGGAGCAGAAGAGCUGAGGACAGGAGCAAGAGGAGUUCUGCAGGAAUUGGAUUUGCAACUUAAAACCAAAGGUCCCACACCUGUUCAAGAUAUUUCUGUGGCAAAAACAUCAAAUGGAAUACAGUUGGGUUAUUAUUUAUACCUUAAUCAACAGGAGAGAAGCAAUGCUGGAUGGAAACAAUAUGACUCUAAUCUGUGUGGAAGUAUAUUUGGUGAACAUUCAUUUCUUAUGACACACAAGAUUCAUGUUAGACAGAAGACUUCUAAGGGUAUUCAGAGUCAAAAAGCCUUCAAAAAGAACUUUAUUCAUACUUUGCUCAAGGAAAUCAGUUUUGGGGAGAAAUCUGGGUGUGUUCAACAUGACAAAGUCUCUGGUCAGCUUUCAAAUCUCAGAAAAACUCAGACACAAGGGAAAUUGUGUGAAUGCAAAGACUGUUGGAUUGUUAAUCAGUCAUCACUUAAGGUACAUAGGAGAUACCACAUUGGACAAAAGCCCUAUGUGUGUGAAGAAUGUGGGAAAGCCUUCACUGAUCUAUCAUACCUUCCAGAUCAUAUAGGAAUUCACAGUGGCAAAAAGCCCUAUGUGUGUAUGGAAUACGGGAAAGCCUUUACUCAAUCCACCGGACUUAUUUUACACAUACAUAUUCACACUGGAGAAAAACCCUUUGAAUGUAAGGAGUGCGGAAAAGCUUUUAUUCAUUCUUCCUACCUUACAAAACAUGUAAGAAUUCACAGUGGAGAGAAGCCAUAUUUAUGUAAGGAGUGUGGGAAAACUUUUACUCAUUCCUCAGGUCUCAUCUUACACAUACGAACACACACUGGCGAAAAACCUGUGUGUGAGGAAUGUGGAAAAGCCUUCAAUAAUUGCUCAGUGCUUAAUUAACAUGUGAGGACACACACUGGAGAGAAGCCAUAUGAAUGCAAGCAAUGUGGGAAGGCCUUCUCUCAGUCAUCAGGCCUUACUACACAUUUAAGAACGCACACUGGAGAGAAGGCCUAUGCAUGUAAAGAGUGUGGGAAAGCCUUUGCUCGGUCCACAAAUCUUAAUAUGCACAUGUGAAUGCACACAGGAGAAAAGCCGUACAAGUGUAAAGAAUGUGGAAAAGCCUUUAGAUACUCUACAUGCCUGAAUAUUCACAUGCGAACUCACACCGGAAAGAAACCUUAUGAAUGUAAGGAAUGUGGGAAAACCUUCACUCAGUCUUCAGUACUUGCUAAGCAUCUAAGAACUAAGGCUUGUGAAAAAACCUGUAGAUGUUCUUCAGACCUUAGUAUUCACAUCUAAACUCAUCUGGAUAAAGACCUCAUGAAAGUAAAGAGUGUGAAAAAGCUUCACUCAGUUUUCUUCUGACAUGAUAUGUGAGAACUUACCUGGGGGCAGAAUUCAAAUUCAUAGAAGGUGUGUAGGAGAGCAGUAAUUGUUCACACCUUACAGAAUAUGUAAGAACUCAAAUUUAGAAAUUCCCUGGCAGUCUAGUGGCUCGAACUCAGGGCUUUCACUACUGAGGGCCCGUGUUUGAUCCCUGGUUGGGGAACUGAGAUUCCACAAGCCAUGUGAGGUGGCCAAAAAAAAAGAAAAAAGAACUCACACUUGAGAGAAAAACUUUCUGGACAUAAGGCGUGUGGGCAAGCCUUUUUGUUGUUGUCCUAAUGUUAAUUUUACAUAAUUGAAAUUACUGUAAAACCUAUGUGAAGGUAACAAUGAGAUACAGCCUUAAAAUGUUUCACAUGCUUUAAAAGCACAUGAUAACUCACACUGAGGAAAGAACCAUGUGUAUGUAAGGAAUGUGGUAAAACUUUUACUUAGUGUUAAGGCCUUAAUAUCCAUGUAAGACUUUGGCAUAAACCCCUAUGAAUGUAAAGGACACAGGAAGAACUACACUUGCUUUUCAUAUCUUUUAAGAACCCAACAUUUAAAAACACACAGUGCAGAGAUGCCCUCUUCAUGUAGGAAAUCUGGGAAGCCUUUAGAGAUUCCUGAAAGCUUCAUGUGCAAGAAGACUCAGGAAUGUAAGAAAUGUUAAAAAUCAUUCAGGUGUUAGUAAGUUAGCAUGCAGUGGAAAGAAGCCCUGUCAAGGUGUCAGGUACAUGGGGAAGCUUUACUUCUGUCUCCUAGGUUCAUAUUCUCGGGUAAUCUCACAGAGGCAGAAAACGUUAUGAAUAUUAGAAAUAGGGGAAUACCUUCAUGUGUGUGUAUUUAUUUUGAUUUCAACCUUUAGUAAAAAUGAUGUCACACCAGAGAGAAAUUGUGAUUGUAGAGUACCUGGGAAAUGGUGUAUCCAUUUUAUCAGUCUUACUCUACAUGUGAAAACCCACUGUGGAAAGAAACUGUAUGAAUGCAAACAUGUAGGAAUGAUUUUUGGUAAAUACAUACCACUUAAGGGAUUCAUACAAUAGACACUGGAGGGAUAAACAAUGAGUGUGAGGAAUUUUGGAAAGCCUUCAGGUGCUGGUCUUCAUUAUUUUACACAGGAGAAUUCAUGCUGGAGGAGAAAGUGAAAUCAAUAAUGUGACAUGAGGGAUUUCCCUGGUGGUGCAGUGGUUAAGAAUUCGCCUGCCAAUGCAGGGACAUAGGUUUUAUCCCAGGUCCAGGCGCUACAUGCUGCAGAGCAACUAAGCCCAUGCUCCACAACUACUGAGCCUGAGCUCUACAGCCCACGAGCCACAACUACCGAGCCCACGUUUUGCAAUUACUGAAGCCUGUGUGCCUAGAGCCCGUGCUCCGCGACAAGAGAAGCCACCACACUGAGAAGCCUGCAUACCACAACAGAGUAGCCCCCACUCACCACAACUAAAGAAAGCCCUGAGCACAGCAAUGAAAACCCAGUGCAGUACCCCCCCCAACAACAACAACAAAAUAAUGUGACAUGAGAUUGCCUCUCUGUGUCUUAUUCUCAUGGAAAGUACCCAUCUCCUUAAGUUUCUGGGACGGUUUUGUAUUAUAAAAGAGCUUUUAAAGUGACUAAUUUUGCUGUAUAGCAGAAAUUCAUACAACAUUGUAAAUCAGCUAUAUUCCAAUAAAAUUAAAAAAUAAAAUAGAAUAAAAUUGCUACCAUAUUAAAAAUAAAAGUGACUCAGAUUUCUGCUCUGUCAUACUCAUUUCAUAUAAUGGUGUUUUCAUGGCUCAGCUCUGAAGACUUCCUCAUUUUCAUGAUAAUGUCUUCAUUGAACUAUGAGAUAUUUGGAAGGUUAAUUGGUAAAGUACAGGCAUUUUAGAAAAAUUUUGGGGUCUUAUUUUCUAAUAUAUUUGCAAGAGGGUUGUAAAAUAGGCUCUUUAUAAUGUUUUUUUGUGUGUGUAUUUAUAGGAAAUUUUCUUUGGCCUUGAAUGGCAAGUAGUAUCUAGUUGGCUCUUCAAUAUUCCUUGUACUUUGGCCCCUUAUAAAUAGAAUCCAGAUCAUCUUCAGGUGCAUACUUAAAAAAACAUUCCACUUCUUGGGUUUCCUUGGAUUUAUGGGAGAGUAUAUUUAGCAGUCCUGGCAAAUAAGAAGUAGGUGAAAAUCAUUAUUGUGGAUUCAGAGAAAGCUGCUAGAAAGGGGACAGUCUCAUAUGGCCUUUUAAAUUACUGCCCUUUAUCUUUCCCCCUUCCUUCCUGGAAAUUAGAUACAUUCUUGGAAUUUGGAUGAUUAAAUUUUGUGCUAUGAGGACAAAAGCCACAGAAAAUAUGAUUUGGCUAAAAAACACAGGGACACUCCUCUGCCCACUCACUACAUGGUAUCUUUGCAGCAGCCAGUGGACUGCUUGUUUGCAGACCUCUUGGCACAUGAGGAAAAUCAGCUCCUUCUCAGGCGGACAUUUGAGAGUCAUCAGUGUAUAGAUGGCACUUAAAUCCAUUAGAUUAGAUGGUUUCACCUGAGGACUGGCAAGCCCUGAGCGACCUCUAAUUUUGGCAGCUGUGAUUGUGAACUGAAGUAGCAAAAGGAUUCAGAAGUAGUGGCCCAUGAAAUAGGAUUAGAAUUGAUUAGUGUUCAUGACUCCAAAUGAGGGAGCAGUGACUAACCAACUGUACUGAAAGCUGAUUGUGCAAGACAAGUGAGGACUGGGAUUUGACCAUGAAAGUUAUCGGGAACCGUUUCAAAAGCCUACUUUGUGGAGCGGGAAGUGGAAAGCUCUCAUUGGAAUAAAUUUCAGAAAAUGAGAAUGGAUAGGCAUUACAGAAAACAAAGAUAUGUAUUCCUCUUUGACCUUACAAUUGCUGCCUUACUAUUCCAGCUUCACAUUGCAUAUUAGUUUUCUUUUGCUUCUCUUACAAGUUACCACAACGUUAAAGAUGUAAAAUAACAAUGGUUUGCUAUUUUUUACAGUUUUGGAGAUCUGAUUGCCAAAUAAGAUCUUACUGAGCUAAGAGUAAGAUGUCAAAGCCAGCAACAUCAGUUGAACUCCUCGUGCUACCAUAUCUUUGAUUUUCCAACUCUGCUCUUCUAC